AUGGCUGGGAAUAAGAACCGUAAUGUUGUUUUAGUCAGUGGAGAAGGAGAAAAGUUUACUGUUGAGCGUAAGAUCGCUGAACGGUCUCUGUUGUUGAAGAAUUACUUGAACGAUAUGCACGAUAGCCAAUUGCAGGAUGAUAGCUCUGAUGAUGAAGAGGAUAAAAAGGAUGAAGCUGAAGAGGAUGAUGACGAUGACGACGAUGACGAGAUUGUUAUGCCAGUGCCCAAUGUGAGGUCUUCUGUGCUACAAAAAGUGAUCGAGUGGGCAGAACACCAUAAAGAUUCCAAUUUUCCCGACGAAGAAGACGAUGACUCACGUAAAUCGGCCCCAAUGGACUCCUGGGAUCGUGAAUUCUUGAAGGUGGAUCAAGAAAUGUUGUACGAAAUCAUUCUAGCGGCUAACUACUUGAACAUCAAACCACUACUGGAUGCAGGUUGUAAAGUCGUCGCAGAGAUGAUUAGAGGACGCUCUCCUGAAGAAAUCAGAAGAACUUUUAACAUUGUUAACGAUUUCACACCAGAGGAAGAAGCAGCUAUCAGACGUGAAAACGAAUGGGCUGAAGAUAGAUGA